GUUUGACCAUUGAGUGGUAACGGUGCGAGCGGAUCUACCAAGCGGAUCAUCCUCUUCUGAAGUGCAGCAGAAAGUGCUUUGGAUAUCUCCGUUUAAAAGCGCUAAUUAAUCUCCACACAUCGUCAACAUGAGCGGAGCUGGCUGCUGGCAAUACUGCAACAUCAAUGGACCGUUCCCUCAGAAUAUGGUCCGCGCCGGAGUGGAUGCUGACGGCGAGGUUAUCUAUGUCGGGCGUGCAUUCCACGAGGGUGAUAUGAUUCCGGCCAAGGUGAUCCCCGGCAAGAACCUGGCAUUCGUCUGCCACGGAGGGGAGGAGGUACUGAAGGAGGACUUCGAGGUUCUGCGCUACGGAGCAUUUGUGUGGGAGUUUUCCUCGAACGGCUCGGUACCGGAAACGGCCGUCAAGAUUGGUCAAACGGCCGAGGGCGAACCACUGUUCAUGGGUCGAGCCAUCUACAACGGCUCGCAGACUCCGGGCAAGGUGCACUCGUCGCACGGUUGCUGUUAUCUCCCGUUCGACGGAGCGGAAGUGAGUGUGAACGAGUACGAGGUUCUGUGCGUGCGAUAGGUUGUGUCCGUGUCGAG